GUUCACUGGGUGGCCGGGUGAGAGCAGAGCGCACAGAGGGCGCCAAGGGACCUGAGACCUGGAUCUUCAGUGACCGAAAGGGGAAGCCCCAGCACCUGAAGCUGCCACGACCACGACACACGUGCAGACGCCUCCGCCGCCCACAGCCCGCUGUCCGCCUGAGUGGUGCUGAACCGCAGGACGCGCUCCUUCAACCGGUGACGUAGAGCUGAGACCCUCAUAACCCGUAGAGUCACAAGACUUGCGCUCAGCCUAUUAAAGAAAAUACCAAAUCAAAUGUACCAGAGUCUUAUACAGUAUAUAUGGAAUUAAACAUACAAAGAAACACAGAAGAGACAGGAAACAAAGAGAAGAAGUGAUGGCUGGACUUUCCCCCGCCCUCGGCGUCACUCCGGCGGUCUGAGCACAGCAGCGCGCACCGGAACCCAGCGGAGCCUCCGUAGAUGAGGAGAGUGACAGAGGCUUUCGAUCUGUGAGGUGAAUGUUGAUGACACCGUUGAAAUGUUACCAAAAUCAAGAAGAGCUCUGACCAUUCAAGAGAUUGCUGCAUUAGCGCGAUCCUCCCUGCAUGGCAUUUCCCAGGUAGUGAAGGACCAUGUGACGAAGCCUACAGCCAUGGCUCAGGGCAGAGUAGCCCAUCUCAUAGAGUGGAAGGGCUGGUGUAAGCCUAUGGAGACUCCAGCUCUGGAAUCAGAUUUCAACUCAUACUCCGACCUCACCGAGGGAGAGCAGGAGGCGCGUUUUGCAGCCGGUGUGGCGGAGCAGUUUGCCAUAGCCGAGGCGAAACUGAGGGCUUGGUCCUCUGUGGACGGCGACGAGUCCAAUGAUGACUCAUAUGAUGAAGACUUUCUGCCUGCCAACGAGCCCACCACACAGAGCACAGAUGUGCCAUCAUAUCCUCCCUACUUGAAGGACCUGAUCCACAGCCAGCUUUGCCAACAUCUGGGUCUGCGAGGACACUACUGUGACAGUGGAGGAGGCCUGGGAGGUGGAGAGGGAGGUGGCAGCGGAGAGCCCUCCCCCACGGCGGGCUCCCCAGACACCCUGUGCUCCAGCCUGUGCAGCCUGGACGAGCACCAUCCGCUGCUACGUGACCUGGGUGGCCAACGUGGCACCCACUCCCACAGCAAUGCAGCCGAGCUCGCUGCAAAGAUUCUGUCAGCGUUACAAGGAGGGGAGGAGCUGCUGCUGUCCCGACUUCAGAGGGUGGGGCAUACCGGUCCAGGAGGAGGAGACUGCGGGUUUCACAGCCUGGGAGGGGGAGGGAGUGGUGGUGGGCGGGGCGUCAGGUCCUGUGGCGGUCAGGACUCUCCAUGCUACUCCAUGUCUUACUCUGAGACGUACCUGUCACCUGGUGAGGAUGACGACACCCCCUGUAAGGACUAUGAAAACACCAUGUGCCAGGUGGAAGCAGAGGGCAGCGGCGUCGAAUACCCGCCCAACUAUGAUCCACGCAGAAGGGUCUCAGACGUGGCCUCCUCUGGGGUUGUGUCUCUGGACGAGGAGGAGGAAGAGGAGGAGGAGGAGGAGGAGGAGGAGGAGAGGGCGGGAGAGACGAGCAACCAAUGAGUCCUCUGUUCUCACCUCAGUGUUGAUUCCUUCCAAGUUCUCAGUGUCUAUUUGGAGGGCUUAUAGUUUUUUGCAACAACUUUCCCCCUCCUCUACGGCGUCUAAAACAUUCAAACCUCUGCGCAUAUUUUUUUUUUCUCUGACUUAAGCAUAAAUCAUCUGUCUUUGCCUUACUCCUUAGCCUUUUGACUUCCUAACCGGUGACUGCUUUGUCCACAUUUGAUGUAUCAAUCCUCUUUUCUUUCAAGGCGUCCAAACAAUCUUUUUUAUCAGUGUGAAAACAAGAGUGCUGGACUUGGGACAGCAGAGGAAAAGCCCAGUGACUUGUGGUUUCAGUGUGACGCUCACAGGUUUUUGGCUCUGUGCCUAUUCUCAAAGCCACAAACUACUCCAAAAUGAGAUGCCACCAACAGGCAGACAGAAUGACUGAGUCCAAAACUCUGACUUAUCUUUGCAUGUGUUUUGCAAGUGCUGAAAUCGAUGGGCUGAUCCAGUCUUGAGCACGAUUUGUAAUCUCAGCUGUUCUGUAUAACCCCACCCAUCUCCCCACCCAGCGGGCAGGUUGACACUGCAUCCUGGGACCUGCCCUUACCUUCCCCUCCGUCCUCCCUCUCCUUUGCAAGAGACAAAAUAGCAUCCUUUGAGGCAUGGCUUGCUGAGUAUGCCAAAUUAUUUAACUCUGUCACUACCAAUUAUGAGCAAAUGCUGGAAUGUCUUCAAGGUGACAGGACAUAGUAUGUAUUUUAAAAUAACAAAGUUUAAAAAAAAAGAUUUGUCACAAAUGAUAUGACAGAAAUGAUAUGCUUUUAAUGUACUAGUUUUCUAUCACUCAAACAUGUUGUUGUUCACAUUAUUCCAAACAUCAUUAUGAUGGACAUCUGCCAUAAUGAUCAACUAUAGCUACUGAAUAUUUUUGGGUUCUGUGGAUUCCUUUGUGGAGGCCACAAGACCUUUGGUUGUCUUAAAAAAAUAACACACAACAGCAGCAGCAGUGAUGACAAACACAAACAGAAUGUUCCUGAAGUGACCCUUUGGUGAUAGGUGUUCGGCAGGAAGUAAUGUGAAAAGCCGGAAGUGUUUUUUUUUUUUUUUUCUGUGAACAGAUAAGUUGCAUUGGAGAUUUUCUAUAUUUUUGUAUGCGUUGUCUUGCUUUGAUCUCUUUGCCUAUGCGGCGUGCCAGUGUAUGUGGUUUUUUGCACGAAGCUAACGUGGCUGUAGAUUUCUCCUUUUCUUCGUUAUCACUGUGUGAUAUAGUCUACUGAGAAAAAAAUAAUACAAAUGUGAACAAAGUUUUUAUUUUAUUUUUUAUUUCAAAAGAGGAUACUGUGAUACGGUUUGUUAUUGCCAUUUGUCAUGAUCCUCAUGAAGAGCUCCUGUUUUUUUUUUUUUUCUUUUCUGCUCUUCUUUUUUCCUCUCAUACAGACUCCUGAAAAGCUUUGCCUUUUAUUCUAUACUUUCCUUCUUUUCUAUGAUGUUUGCUAAACAUCGAUGGGAGUUUCGGCAUGUGCCACAUACCGAAACUCCCAUCUCCGUGGUGACGUGAGGAGCCCUGUUAAGGUUCUCCCAGAGGGACUGUCAUUCAUACAACUCAGGAAAUCCCAUUGGACCAGAGCAUCAGUGCAUCCCGCCUGCACACAUAACACCCCUUGUUUCUCAACCCCCUUCUGUGUGUGCUUGUGUGUGUGCAUUUGAAUGUGUUUAUUAGCGAGAAAGCCUGGUGUGCAUAGUUAUUUUCUACAAAUAAUCGAAGCACAGAUUCAGUCCCUCUAUCUCCUUGUUAUGUGUUGAUUCCCUGUUUAGAAAAGCCUCAAUGUGCGAGACUGUAUGUUUGACAUUUGUGUGUGUGUGUGAUAGUGUGAUAGUGCGAACGUAUUACAAGAUGUCAGCGAGCUCUUCAAGCUUGCACUGUACAGUAUAUUCAUUCCAAAACCCCUCCAAUGCAGCGAUUCCCUUUAAAACAGUGUUUGUUGUAGCUGAGGUUUUAUUGGUGCUGUUGGUGGAAUUAAAAUAAAAACAAAGUACAUAAUCUACAGAACAAAAUGAGACAAUACUGAUCAAUCAGUUGAUUUCAAAACUGCAUGCAAACCAGAACAGACAGUUGGAAAAGACAGCGACAACUCAGGGGGAACCAUUGAUGCUGUGCCUUUCAUUAGUCACCUUUUUUUUCACCAUCAUCCUCACCAUCAUCACAUCCUCCACCUGCGCUGUCACUCAGCAUCCUCCCCUUUUCAACUGAGGAUGAGUUUGUCAGAGGCAACAAAUAUCCUGUUGCACCUCAUCCUGCAUGCUGUAACCUUCAGCUACCACCGGCACAUUUGCGUCAUUGUCCUUUUGGGUGACAUUAAAAACAACAGUGGAGAGGCGAGGUUGUGCUUUUGUCCUGGUGUGGUGACGCGAUCGCACCAUUGUUGCCCCCCCUCCUCUAAACCUCCUGCUUUCUAUUCAUCAUCUUGCAGUGUCCACUGUGCAUUUCCUCUGUCUUUCUCUGUGAGUGUCCCCUCGCUCUCUGCGGGCAGUGUGUGUUCAUGUGUGAGAUGGUGUGUGUUGGUGCAUGUGUAUGUGAGAGUGGGCUCGGGCACCUUGGUAUGAUACGUUUUUCAUUUACCCAGCUGCCUUGUUCUCUCCCUCACGUACACAUGUAUGUGUUUAUUUUCAUUUACUUCUGAGGACCAUGGCAGCAUCCAUCCAACUUUAAACAUCCUAAAUCUAAUCUUAACCCCAAGUCUAAGUGGUGAAUUUCCUUAUCUUUCAAUCCUUGUGAGGACAUUUAGUCCUCAUAAGACUAGAGAAGGAUUUUCCGCUGACACACACAGACAGCCUGAUGAAUGUCUCCCCUUUCCAUCCCUUCUGUCUCGGUCCUGUCAUUUCCCUCUCCUCCCACUCCUCAUUGUCUGCAUCCUUUUCCUCUUUGCCUUUGCUCCCGUUAUGUUUUCUCUCCCCUCCUUCUUCUCCUUCACUCCAUCUCCCUCCACAGGGGGCUCAUUACGUAACUAAAAGGACAUCUGAGUGCUACCUUUGCCGACAGGCAAUUAGCCCACGAUUAUAAAACCACCUGAUGAACAAGAAUAGGAGAUGUGUAUCUGUCUCCUGUCUUUUUUUCACCCUUGUGUCUUUUUCCCCCUUCACUCCAUCUGCCCCCUCCCUUCCUGUUCACUGCUCUCCCUUCCUGCUGCUCAUUUUUGCCACAAGCUUUUUGUAAGUGACAUCUUUUGAGGUUCGCUGUCCCAGAAAACUCUGUUUUGUAAAAAAAAAAAAAAAAAAGGAAAAAAAGGACAGAAAAG